UAUUCAAAAUACAUAAUGGGCUCCGGGGGCCCGGCAGGCUGGGCCAGGCCUUCGCAGUACAGCAGCUUGUUCUCAGUCCCUGCAGACAUCAUGCUCCAGUUCCUGCUUGGAUUUACUUUGGGCAACAUGGUUGGAAUGUAUCUGGCUCAAAACUAUGACAUACCAGACCUGGCUAAAAAAACUGAAGACAUUAAAAAGGACUUGGAGGCCAAGAAGAAGCCCCCCAGUUCCUGGGGCCAACACCUGCUUACUCUGGACAUGCUGAGUCCACUGCACUCGAGGACCUCCGUUACUCUCUGAACAGAAAGCUUUCAUUUUAACCCCUAGUCUCAGUGAUUUCCUCUUUUGCUAGACUCUGUGUUGCCUUAGAGCAAAGAUGGGGCCACAAAUUCAAAACAAAACAAAACAAAACAAACAAACAAAAAAAUAUAUAUAUAUGAUUCUUACAGUUCAGUAAUAAGAAAAACAACCUAAUUUUAAAAGUAGUCAAGAAAGUGAAAGAGAUAGUAAAGUUCUUUAUAUUAUCUUUAUAACUUUUCUAUAAAUAUGAAAUUAUUCCAAAGUGAAGUAUAUUUUUAAAGUAUGAACAAAAUAAUUGGCCAUAUACUUCACAAAAUAAGCUACACA